AUGACUGAAAGUAACAUUGCCAGAACCAGCAUUAUUGAGGAGGCGUGGGACCAGGAGCAUCUCGUUAGGAAGCAGGAAACAGCGGAAAGACUGCCCAAGUCUCUUUCGGUGAGAAGGAAAGAUUUCAACACGAGAAGGAAAAGCCACAAGAGGAGGCAGUCGCGCGCAGAAGAAACGGAUUCCAGCCUUGGGAGCCACUGGAAGCAGGACAUCUUCUCCAUCCAGCUGCCAGUGAUGCCUCUCCUGGCCGGAUGGCAAACGGUCACGAGUCGCGGCAACGAGAAGAGUGUCCGGAUUUUGGAUUGUUAUUUGACUUUACAGACAGAAGUUCCUAUCAUGAACGAGGAGCAAAGGCAGGAACUAAACCCCCUCAUCAUAAAGAUCAAGUGUGCUUCCUGCCUUCCAUCACAGCCUGUGCCCAUCGAUGAAUUAGAGAGGCUGUGCAGCCCAGUGUACUGCAGAUACCAAUUCUACAAGACUCCGGUCCACGAGACCGAGGGGCAGCCCCAUGGCACUCAUGUUCAUUUCCAGGAUAUCAAUGUCAUUCUCCUUGGAGCACUGAGUCCCAGUGACCUGCGAGAAUACCUAGAAGGCCCUCCGAUGGUGGUGGAAGUUCACGAUCGUGACCUCAAGUCAGAGGAGUACUCCCGGAAGCCCACCCUGUUUGGGGAGGAUCCGCUGGAUGCAUGCCUCAACCUUCAGGCCCUCAUCUCUCCGAAGCAGACGGGGCACAAUCCCUUCGAGUCCUACAACAAGAAGUGGAAUCCGUAUGGAGUUGCCCGAGUCAGCUUUGCUGACCUCCUCCUGGGCCACACCUACCUGAACCUGUUUGUCCCUAUUCACAACUGCGAGGCCAAGCCCAUGAGCCACGGCCAGGACAGCAGGAACAGGGCUUCAAGAGGCCAUCUCCAGCCUGGCCCAAUGCCCAUGGGCAACUAUCUGGAUGCGAACUCCCUCCUCAAAUUGCGAGUGGACCUUGCAGUCCCACUGAGACUUAGAGCUGAAGUCCUGGACCAAGACCUGAUAGGCACCCAAUUUGGCCUCAUCAUUUUUGUGUUCGACUCUAAGAACAUCUCCCUCUUACACAGCCUGCUGCAGGACAUUACCAUGAUCAACGCCAAAGCCCUGGACCUGGACUCCUACUCUCUGAGGAGCAUCCAGCAGAUCCUGUCAGCCUUUAAGGUGCGGGUGAAAAUCGAGGACCAGAAGGACUUGGAUGUGCUCACUGGUUUCCACCUGCUGGACGGGAAGUUUCACCUCUUCAUUCUGGAAGGCGUGGCCGACCAAGCCUUGAGGCAGCUGUGGGAACGCCACCAAAGCCGAAUGCCCGCACCUGAACAUGGAAAGUACAAGGUGCUCUACAACUCCCAGCUCCUGUUCCGCCACCGCCUCUACACAGACCUGGAGACCAUCCUGUACCACGUGCUCCUCUUUAAGCCGCUGGCCAGCCUCCUGAAGCACCCCCAGCUCUAUAUCCGGAAUGCGGUGCCCCCGGAUGCCUUCCAGGCCCUGGUCAGGCUCCACUACAUCUGCCACCACAGCACCAAGCUGAAGGAUGUGGUCACAAGAGACCUGCUGCCAUCCUCUGCCAUGAUCAAAUGCUUGAGUCAAGAGUUUGGGAUGCCCAUUUCACAAGAAGACCUUUCAGAUGAAACAUUAUUGGCUCUACCACGCCAGACUGCGCCCAGUCUCGAAGACCUACGAAGUCAGAAGUUGCGCCUCUCUUCUGAGAUCCAAAGCCACCAGGAGAAGUACCUACAAUGGCGGCACAGUAUGCUGCAGAAGAACAGAGAGCACAAGAACAGCAUGAUCCAGAAAAAUAUCACCGAAGCCUAUCAGGUGAACAAGAAGUCUCUGAAGCCUGUGGUGAAGGUGAUUCGGAUGUCAGCCCCGGUCAAAGACGCUGUGUACAACUACAGCAUUCAAACUCUGAACUCCACAGAGCUGGCCAAGAGGGAGCUGCAUCGAGAGAUGGCCAAGACGGAGUAA